AUGGCGAAUCUUUUCUUGAAACAAGCAAAGCAAUACUCCCAGACUCGACCAGGUUAUCCACAACAACUCUUUGAUUUCAUCGUCUCCAAGACGCCCAAGCAUGACCUCGUUUGGGACGUCGGCACCGGCAGCGGUCAGGCAGCCACCUCCCUCGCGAGCGUAUACAAGAACGUAAUCGGCACAGAUACAAGCACCAAACAACUAGAAUUUGCUCCAAAACUCCCAAAUAUUCGUUACGAAUGUACAUCUCCCAACCUUUCCAUGUCUGAAUUGGGAAAGAAGAUCGGAACAGAGUCAAGUGUUGAUUUAGUUACAGUCGCUCAAGCACUCCACUGGUUCGAUCACGACAUCUUCUACGAUCAAGUGAAAUGGAUACUCAAGAAACCUGACGGCGUUAUCGCCGCAUGGUGCUACACUAUUCCAGAAAUUGAUGAUGAAUUCGAUCCAAUUUUCCGCAAGUUUUACUCAGAAUCAAAACCUCACUGGGAUUUGCUGCGAGGAAUUGUUGAUGACAAGUAUAGGAGCAUCGAAUUUCCGUUUGAAGCAGUGGAUGGAUGUGAUGACACAGGUCCGUUUGAGUUUCGAAGUAAGAAGAUGAUGAGUUUGGAUGAAUUCUGUACGUACAUUAGAUCAUGGUCGGCUUACCAAACGGCGAAAGAGAAGGGCGUUGAGUUACUGAAUAAUGGUGUGAUGGAGGAAUUCCGGCGUGCUUGGAAAGAAGACGAGAAUGGAGAAAAGAGCGUUACAUAUCCGGUUUAUUUAAGGAUCGGGAAAGUGGGUGAUUCGGUUUAA